GAAAGGCGCGAGGAAGAACGCCGCCUCAAACCUGCGGUCACGACCAUCUGGGAUCAAAUCCCGGAAGAGGCACGAUCGCGCCUCACACAAGCGGGAUGGAAAGGACCUCCCAAGCAGAAGGAUGCGGUCGAGUCCCAGACCGACCCUCUCCUGAGCCUGCUCGUGCAGCGCCAGGAUGAGUUGCCGGAGGAUAUCCGCACGGCGCUUGUGGAGGCGACCACGGGUCCGGAACCGUCUCCGGGAGAAAAGGCCAUGCAAUCCAACAAGGAUUUCACCAAGGAGCUCCAGGAGACGACCGAGAAGAUCCACGAGGCCGAGAACGCGGUGGAAAAGGCCAAGCUUGGCCUGACCCUUUCUGACGAGCAGCAGGAGAAGCUGGCCGAGUACCGCGCCAAAGCCAAGAAAAGGCAAAGGCCUCCCGGGGGGGCUGAGGGUGCACCCGGGCGUCAGCGAAGCCGCACUCCCCCGAAGAACAGCGAGAGCCAGGCCGGCGAGGAGGAGAAAAGCAACAAGCACGUUCUUUCUUUCACAAUCUCGCGUGGCUUCGCCACAGAAGUUUUUAACCGACUCAAAGGCGACCUUCCCCUCCCAUGUUUCGAGAAUGGGAAUGUGGAGGCCACUCCCAGGGUGGAGAUGCUCCACUUCCGGCGCACGCCGGAUCCGCAGAUCCAACGCCAUGUUUUGGGCAACAUGGCAGCCCCCUACGGGACUCCGAGCGGCCAUCGACCCAGCCGCACACGGGGCAGUGCUCCCCCGGUGGAACAGGCAAUGAGCCUCGAGGAUGCCGAGGAGGCUAUCGUGGCCUUCGGCGGCAGCCUCGCAUACCGCCUCGGUUGGGACCUCCUUGAUGGCCUCCAAGGAUCGGGGUGGUUGGAUCCCCCGCUAGCGGCCGCAUUUGCCAACGACAUCGCCGCUCAGGGAGCCAUUUCCCCUGCCAACCCCAUCCACAUCACAAGCGCCAACGUGAAUGACGCGGGCCUCACUCAGCUCCGCAUCGAGGCUGCAAAGUGUGGCAUUGGCCUCUUGGUCCCCGCCAACAUGCAGGGUCAAGCCUGUGGUGGCAUGAUCACGGAGGCGAUGGACCCUCAUGGUCGUCUGCGUGCCGCGCUCCGCGAAUUCCGCAACUGGAUUGUGGUUGGAGACUGGAACGCGGCUCCCUCCGAGUUUCAAGGCACCUCAUGGGCCGAGACUGUGGGAGGGGCCCUUCUUGCACCUGAGGGUCCGACCAUAAACACGGGCAACACCCUCGACUACGCCCUUUUAUCGAGGCCGCUGGUGUCUUUGACCAGCGUAAAGACGGUGUGGGAGGUUCCCUUCUCGCCCCACGCCGCGGUCUCCUUCACCCUCAACGUCCAACAUGGUCUUGUGUCGUUGCCUCAGCUAGCCGGCUACCAAGGGGCCCUGCGGGAUGAAGUGGCUCCUGCCGACCCGGCUUUUGUUGCCCCCGGUCUGGGGAAGAUCGGGGCCGAACCUAUCCGGUCGCGGGCAUCACCGCCGGGAUGGCGGCACGACAUUUCACCAACGAAGGAGGGCUCGAGAGGCACCAACAACCCCCUCCAGCACAAGCCCCUCAUGCAGCAAGACUGGUCCUACCCGUGGAGGGGCCACAUAGCGGUGGAAGCGACCACCCUCCACCUCACAAAGCAAGGGAUUGAGGCCUCCUCUCCCCAGGACUUCCUCUGUGCCCUCGGGGCGGCGGAGGAUGGCCGAUCGUCAACCCUUGCAGUGGUCCGACAGCUCCGCGACGAGGAGCAUCAACGGGCCCGGAAGGCUGAAGCCGACGCGGUGGCCGAAUGGCUCGUGCUGGGCACCCGGCGUGGCAUGCGACCGCUUUUUCGCUGCCUAUCCAAAGCUGAAACCAACGUGGGGAGGCCUUUCACUGAAGUGACAGCUGAGUCUCGACCAUAUGAGCGACUCAAGUACUGGGCCCCUGGGCUCGACGGAUGGGAUGUGCCUUUCCUGAAAUCCCUCUCCAUCGAGGAAGUGCACACCCUCGCAGACCUCUGGAGGGAGGUGGAGCUGGAGGGCACCCUGGCGGACUUCGUAGGAUGUUGGGUGGACGACGUCUCGGCCGAUGUCGUUCAUAUCACCCUCUUCCGCCGUCUCCACAACGCGUUGGAGGCUGAGGGCAAUGAGGAAAGGCGCGAGGAAGAACGCCGCCUCAAACGUGCGGUCACGACCAUCUGGGAUCAAAUCCCGGAAGAGGAUGAGUUGCCGGAGGAUAUCCGCACGGCGCUUGUGGAGGAGGCGAAGGAAUCCCUCCGCCUGCAGCUGCAGGAGCUCCAGGAGACGACCGAGAAGAUCCACGAGGUUGAGAACGCGGACGUGCCAGACACUCCUGAGCCAAUGGAUGUGGACGAACUGUUCACCAUCCUUGGCCUGACCCUCUCUGACGAGCAGCAGGAGAAGCUGGCCGAGUACCGCGCCAAAGCCAAGAAAAGGCAAAGGCCUCCCGAGGUUGGUGCACCGCCGGGGUUGCCGGCUUUCCACCUUGGCUUGCAAGGCACACAGCCAACAGCCCAGCAGGGAGCCAACCCCCUGCCAGCCCCGGCCCAGCCGGUUUUUUCUCUCACAAUCUUGCGUGGCUUCGCCGCAGCAGAACAGGCAAUGAGCCUCGAGGAUGCCGCGAGGAGGCUAUCGUGGCCUUCGGCGGCAGCCUCGCAUACAGCCUCGGUUGGGACCUCCUUGAUGGCGGGGUGGUUGGAUCCCCCGCUAGCGGCCGCAUUUGCCAACGACAUCGCCGCUCAGGGAGCCAUUUCCCCUGCCAACCCCAUCCACAUCACAAGCGCCAACGUGACCACCUGGAAAAGGGAACUGCUAACUUGGCACCCGGCCACGAAGGGAGUCCUUGUGCUGCAGGAGUUGCACCUCAAUGACGCGGGCCUCACUCAGCUCCGCAUCGAGGCUGCAAAGUGCCGCUUCCAUCUCUUCACGCCGCCAAAGGGCGAUCGUCCCUACCCCACUCGAGGUGGCAUUGGCCUCUUGGUCCCCGCCAACAUGCAGGGUCAAGCUUGUGGUGGCAUGAUCACGGAGGAAGGCUGCGGCUACGUGGCGGUCGCCCUCCCGCGCCUACGAUGGACCCUCAUGGUCGUCUGCGUGUACCUUCAAAGCGGAGCGGGAAUCCACGCAGGGUGCAACCCAGAAGUCCUCGCGGCCCUCAGGCCGGCACUCCGCGAUUUCCGCAACUGGAUUGCGAUUGGAGACUGGAACGCGCCUCCCUCCGAGUUUCAAGGCACCUCGUGGGCCGAGACUGUGCAACAUGGUCUUGUGUCGUUGCCUCAGUUAGCCGGCUACCAAGGGGCCCUGCGGGAUGAGAUGGCUCCCGCCGACCCGGCUUUUGUUGCCCCCGAUCUGGGGAAGAUUGGGGCCCAACCUAUCCGGUCAAAUCCCCUGACCUGCCGUUUCGCGGGCAUCACCGCCGGGAUGGCGGCACGACAUUUCACCAACGAAGGAGGGAGAGGCACCAACAACCCCCUCCAGCACAAGCCCCUCAUGCAGCAAGACUGGUCCUACCCGUGGAGGGGCCACGUAGCUGCUUUCUGGAGUCGACUGGCCUCCUUUUGGGAGCACCCGAAGAAGCACCUCCGGAGAAUUGAAACGUUGGUUGGCAACAUGCCACCGGAGGCCGUGGAAGCGACCACCCUCCACCUCACAGAGCAAGGGAUUGAGGCCUCCUCUCCCCAGGACUUCCUCUGUGCCCUCGGGGCGGCGGAGGAUGGCCGACCGUCAACCCUUCAGCUCCGCGACGAGGAGCAUCAACGGGCCCGGAAGGCUGAAACCGACGCGGUUGCCGAAUGGCUCGUGUUGGGCACCCGGCGUGGCAUGCGACCGCUUUUUCGCUGCCUAGCCAAAGCUGAAACCAACGUGGCGAGGCCUUUCACUGAAGUGACAGCAGAGUCUCGACCAUAUGAGCGACUCAAGUACUGGGCCACUCUGUGGCAAGCCCGGGGAAGUCCACCCCCUACUUCCCAGAGCUUCGCCAACGAGCCGUUGAGCAAGCCAGGCAGCUGCCCGCUGUCACGGGGCGACAGAUGUAUCGGUACAUCCGCUCGAUGCCGUGCAAGGCCCCCGGGCUCGACGGAUGGGAUGUGCCUUUCCUGA